AACCCGUGAACCUUCAUGGCCAGACCACAGAGCGCUGCCAACCCAGCGGAGACCGUAACAAUUUUUCGAAUGCGCGGCUUUUUUCCCCGUUCACGCCCACGGUGAGAGAUGAUUCGUGUCGGAGCGCCUGGAGUGGUCCUCCCCUCCCAUCGCCAGUGGUCGUGAGCGCUGUCACUCCUGUACAGAGGCCGCCCGAGGAAAUAAAACAUUCGCGAAACGGACACGUUCCCAGGCAGAGUGCGGCUCUUUUAAACCUGCUGAAAUAAGAGAUGCAAAGUCUUUAGCCUUUGUAUUUUGUCCUAAACCUCUUUUUUUAUUAUUUUUUUAAUCGGCUGAAUCAAAGGAAAUAAUCUUGGAAAUAAUCAGAAAAGGCACGAGGUUUUGUUGAACUCUAAUGACCAUGACAGCCAAGAUAACCUUCCCGGAACUGGAGGUUUGGUUUCUGCUGGUUCUCAUGAUUGGUGCAGACGCUGCCCACAUGAUGUCGAAAAACUGCAGUCACAUUGCAUUGAAUUCCUCCGUUAUCCUCCUUGGUAAUCCUUUGAGAGCUACUUUACUGCCAAGAAGCGGAGCUUGCACUGUCGACUACAAGGACAACCCAAUUGACGUGGUCUGGCAACUGGACAAGGAUGAGAUUUUGAGAAGCCGGUACAGUGCAUUGAAUGACCAGGUGCUGACAGUCACCAUACCCAGUUUCAAUCAACUCAAAGGGAACCUGACUUGCUCUGUCCUUCACAACGGAUCGCUGCAGCUGCUUCAAUGGGUUGAGGUCAGAGCUGGAUAUCCUCCAAUGAAACCACACCUUUUACUCUGCAAAUCGUACUGGACCUCAUUUGCAAUACAAAGCAUUGUUUGUAAUUGGGAUCCAGGAUCUGAGACUCAUUUGGAGACUAAUUACACAUUACAUGUAUCGGAAACCAUUGGGAAAUGCGCUACCAGAUAUUUAACACCAAAGAAUUGCACUACAAGUGGAGCCAAUAAUUCAUGCAUGGUCCUUGUCUCAAACUUGGUUUCGUACCAUGACAUCUGGGUUACGGCUGAGAACGACCUUGGCACCGAAAUGUCCAACCACAAAUGCCUUGAUGGCAUGUUGAUAGUAAAAUUCAGAGCUCCUCGAAUAAUUGAGGUGACACCGGAUGCUGAGCAAAAUGGCUGCUUAAUUGGUCAAUGGAUGAUGCCCUUUGAGAUGACUGAUCAUACCACAGUGGCUUUUGAGAUCCGGUACAAGGAACUUGACGAUGAAAGAUGGAUCCAGGUUGCUUUAACAAUGAUAAAUAGUACUUUCUUCAGACUAUGCCAUCUCUUGCCUUACACUGAGUACCAGAUGAAAAUUCGCUGUAAGCAGAAAACUGAGACCAGUCCAUGGAGUGACUGGAGCAAUGAGAAGACCGGCAUUACAGCAGAGUCUGUUCCAACUCAAAAACUACAACUUUGGAGAAGUAUCGAGACUCCGAAUGCAGAAGGAAUACGCAGGGUGCACCUAAUGUGGAAGCCACUGAAAAAAACUGCAGCGAAUGGAGAGAUUUUGGGCUACAGGGUCUGGCUGCAUAAACCGGAGCUGCGAGUGCACAACGCUUCAAUCUCAGAGCGAUUCAUCCAUUUGCCAGAUGGCAACUACAGAAUCCAAGUGUCCGCCUACAAUUCAGUGGGGGAAUCUCCAAAGGCUGACAUCGUCAUUCCAUCAUCGAAAAAUCUAGGGUUACCAUCAAUGUCCCACAUUCUUGCUUUUUCCAAUGGAAACAACAGCAUUCUGGUGCAAUGGGAACCUCCCAAUGUGCCAACAACUGGUUACGUGGUCGAAUGGUGUGCAGUGUCUGUGAAAAUUGCCUGCAGUAUCAGCUGGCAAAAUGUCGCUGCCAACGUUACAGAAGUAACCAUCCAAGAUACCAUUGAGCCAAUACAGCUGUACAACAUUUCAGUUUACCCUAUUUGUGAAGACCUGCCAGGCUUUCCUUCAUCCACUCAGGCAUACUCAAAAGAAGGUGCUCCAAGGCGCAGUCCAGAGAUCCGGUCCAAACAGAUCUGGAAGACCAAAGUUCACUUCGAAUGGAAGGAGCUUCCAAUUGAUGAUCGGAAUGGCUUCAUCAGGAAUUACACAAUACUGUAUAAGAAUAGGAAUGGCAAGCUGAAAUCUGUGGUCAUCAAUAGCUCUGAGCACAACUGCAUCCUUACUGACCUGUUGCCAAACAUGGAGUAUGACGUGACCAUUGUGGCCUCGACAGAUGCAGGCAGUGCUACCGGCUACAACCUGGCCAUUACCACCAAGAUGAUUGAUGACGGAGAAGUGGAACUGUUCCUGAUGUGCAUCUUCCUGUUCUCUCUGUUUCUGACCCUGGCUUUAAUUGGGACCUGCAUCUACCAACGGCAAAGAAUUAAGAAACACAUCUGGCCCAACAUCCCAGACGCUGCAAAUAGCACCCUCGCUCACUGGAUGCCAAAAACAUUAUGGCAGGUUUUUCCUUUUAUUCUGAGGCUGUGCCCUCUGGUCCUAGACUGUUCCACUAGAGGAAACAUCCCCUCAACAUCCACUCUAUGAAAGAAUGAAUAAAUGAAUGAAAGAUGUUUAUUGACCAAGUAUUCGCAUACAAGGAAUUUGCCCUGGUGCUCCACCCGCAAGUGACAACAUGACAUAUAGUGACAGUUAGGAAUGACAUAUAAAGCAUCAAACAUUACUAGCAAAACAUUAUUGAUUAAACAUGUGAAUUAAAUAAAAUGCCAGAUCAAAAGGAGGCUACAAAUUUUGGGUUAUUAAGUAGAGCUACUACUUGUGGGAAAAAAAGCUGAUUUUCUAGUCUAUCUAGGCCUUUCACUAUUCGAUACGUUUCAAUGAAGUACCCGCUCAUCCUUCCCAACUCUAGCGAGUACCAGAGGUCAAGAUUGAAACUGGGACUUUUUGCUUGUGCAGUAGCAACGCUCCCUGCUGUUCCACUAUCCCUCCUUUCCAUUGGGAGGAGUUUGUUUGUUGAUGUACGUCACUGAAGUGGCCAUCACUUAUUUUCCAAAGUGCAUUUGUUUAAACUCUUUGUUGAUAUUCAACAGUAGGCCAUCCGUGGCGGAAUGCCCUUUCAACCCGUAGAAGAGUUUUGCAACUAUAUACUAGUUAACAAUCUAAAAUACUCAGACAAUUAUAGAUGCAUUGUUCUGAAUGAACAAUUGCGAGCGGCGUUUCAAAGAUAUUCCUGAGAUUUUUUCUUUACAUCAAAGACUAGAGGGCAUAGCUUUAAGGAGAGAGGGGUACAGUUUAAAGGAGAUGUACGGGGAAAGUUUUUCUUUCUACACAGAAGUGGGUGCCUGAAACUCGCUGCCAGGGAUGGUGGGGGCGACAGGUAGAAUAGUGGCAUGUGAGGUUUUUAGAUUGGCACAUGGAUGUACAGGGAAUGGAGGGGUCUGGAUCAUGUACAGGCGGGAAGGAUUAGUUGAACUUGGCAUUAUGUUCGGCAUGGACAUUGUGGGCCAAAUGGCCUGUUCCUUUGCUGUGUGGUUCUAUGUUCCAUGUUUGUUAGUGGUUUAUGGAAAGUCAGUAAAGGUGGCCAGACCAGCAUUUAAUGCCCAUCCUUAAGUACCCUUGACAAGGUGGUAGCGAGUCACCAUUUUGGACCACUGCAGUUCACCUGGCAAAGAUGUUUCUGUGGCACUGUUGAGGUAGGGGUCCCAGAAUGAUGCAAGGAACCGCAGGGAAUUUCCAAAUCAUGAUGGUAUGCAGUCCAGAAAAGAAACUAGAAGGAGUGUUGUUCUCAUGUGCCUGCUGCCUUUUCCAAAUAGAAAGGGAACGUUCUCCUGCAUGCAAAAAGAUGUUGGCAGGUGCACCGCAGAACAGCAACUUACCCUCGUUUUUGCUUCAAAAAGGAUGUAAGAGAACUUGAAGGGGAUCCGAAUCCCAAGACUCGAUGCCAAGUUGUUUGUUACGAGGGCUCGGCCAAAUCCCACAUCAGUGACAUCAAAUAUUACUGGCUACAGGGCGCGAAGAACGGGGGCUAUCCAGCGUUUGUGAUGGAAGCCAACAGCAGCACCGAGCAAUCCCUCCAGGACGUCAGCGCCGGGCAAGAUGCGAUUGAUCCCCGGGAGAUGGAACGUUUGCAGCACCCUGCACCAGAGUGCAACAGCGCGACCAUGAAUGAGUACCAGGCCCACGAGAGCACAAUAUUCGCCGGUUCGUCAAACCCGGCAUCACCUCUUCACACUUGCUCAUCGCACGAUGGCCAUAGUCUGUUAUCACAAAUGCGGAGCAUCCCAGAUGGCAGCCAUGGUAAAACUCUGCUGGAGUCAAAUCAUGCACUCGACGAACAGGAAAUGUUGUGCAGCUUUCCAUUUUUAAUGAACUUGCAUAAUCAUAUGAGCUCUGAAAUAUUAAGUUUAAAUACAUAGACUCAGAUGCCGUCAUGCAAAAGGUUGCAUGGACCAAAGUCUGACUGGCUCAUCAUAGCCCAUGUGCCAUCAGUCUGAAGAAGGGUUUCAGCCCGAGACGUUGCCUAUUUCCUUCGCUCCAUAGAUGCUGCUUCACCCGCUGAGUUUCUCCAGCAUUUUAGUCUACCAGAGAUACUAUUGUUGGCUACUAUUGUUAUGUCUUCAUGAUUGUUAAUGGUACAUUACCAAAUGUAACUAAAAACUCUGGAAAAUCAACUGCAGAUGCUGGAACCUUGAACAAAACACAAAAUGCUGGAGGAACUCAGCAGGUUAGGCAGCAUCUGUAGAUGGACUGGACUGGCAGCAUUUCAGGUCACUGCUGGAAACAUUGUCUGUCCAUUUCCUCUUCAGAUGCUGCCUGACCCAUUGAGUUCCUCCAGCACUGUGUGUUUGCACUUAAGACUCAUCUCUGUAGCAAUCUGCAUGUACUAUCUCUGAGAGAAAAUAAUGGGAAUUUAUUUCUAAAAGAAAACAAACCAUCUAUUUUUUUUUAAAGUUCUAAACAAAAUCUGACCUUGUUAUCACUAAAAUUAUAAUCAGUUUUCAAGGUGAACAUUGUCCAUAUGUUCUGAAAGAUCUAAUUUUGGUACUAUAUCAACAUUUAAAUGGCAUUUAUACAGGUACAUGAACUGGAAAGGUUUAAAGGGUUUUGGGCCUAACGUGGGCAGGUGGGAUUAGUGGGACAUUCUGGUCGGUAUGGGCAAGUUGGGCCAAAGGGCCUGUUUCCGUGCUGUAUGACUAUGAUGGAAUAAGAUGAAAUCAAACCACAUGAUUGAACUUGGCUUGAUUAUCAUUGGGGAAGGUACAGUCAUAGAGAUGUACAGCAUGGAAACAGCCCCUUCGGCUCACCUUGUCCACGCUGCAUUCUUGGCUAGUCCUGUUUGGGUUUUUCCUUGUCAAUUGUGCCUUGUUUUGUAUGCUAUCUAAUCAAAACAGAUAAUAUACCUGGCGAUUUAGACGCACCUGCGUCGAAGACACGCCCCCAUUUUGAGCUGCUAAAUUUUGGGGAAAAAAACAAACAUUUGCCGUGGUGGCGGCCAUUUGCAUUGCGUAUUGUUUUCAUAUAAAAUAAAGAUAAUGUAUAUACCGGUAAUAAAAACAAUACAGUGUUCGGAAUAAAAUAACAUUUUAUUGUGCACGACACAAAGAUUACAAAAACGAAAAACAUUCUAAUAUUCAAAUCUGAAAAAGUCACUACUAUCAUCCGAAUGUUCAAAGCAUGAUAAUUCACCAGGGGCAUCACUGCUGUUCGGAAUAUAACUAUUAUCAAAUAGAAUGUCGUCUUUGAGCCAUCUAACGCUUUACUGAUGCCACAUUUUUUAAAAGCUUUGACGACAAUUUCAGUCUUAACACGGUUCCACGAUUUUAAAACCCACUCGCGCACCUGAGCAGUGGUUGGCCUUUUCAAACGACCUGUUGGUGUUAGAUCGUGGUCUGUGCUCCUCAUCCACUGAUUCCAUUCCUCUUUCAUAAUGGAUGGAUAACGUUGAUGGAUAUGUGCAAAGGCUGAAAUUGGCAAGUUAAUCCACCGGGGAUCACUACAAGUUUUGACUUCACUCUCUUUACCCUUUCUUUAGUAGCUGUAGUUAGGUGAGCACGAAACUUGUCCUACACAAGUAGGGGUGGUUUUUUAAGAAGGCCCCCGGGAUGCCAUGACCAGACCUUAUCCAACCAGAGCUUCAUUCCAUCUUCAUCCAUCCAUCCAUCCCUUUGAAUGCACGUGGAGAACAAUCCCUGGUGGAAUUUUGUCUUUUGGGAUGGGUUUUCCUCUUUAAAAAUAAGUAGUGGUAAUAUAAUCCCAUCCACACAACAUGAU